CGUGUCUGCAGUCACAGGGUUUAUUUAACACGUACUUCAAAUCCACCCACAUACACUCAUUUAACCAGCACCGGAGCCGACAAACGCCUCCUGCAUCUCCACCUCACAACAUCAGUUUUGCGUCCUACUUUUGAGAUACCAUAUCUGGAACGAAAACUACUUUAUUCGAAGGAAAUACUUGUGGACUUUGAUGAAAGAGUAAAGGAUCUGGUUUUUAUUUUUCUAUAUUGAUAUAUAUUUUUAACCCUAUUCUUACACCGGUAAGACAUAUUAGGGUGAAAUGGAGAGGAUUACCAGUGCUCAGCCUCCACCAUGUAUGGCCAAACACGCCUCGCUGGAUAUCUCUGACAUGGAAAGAAUGGACUUUCCGAUGUAUGUGUAUAAACCCCGUCGGGGAAUGAAGCGCAGUGAGGACAGCAAGGAUACGUACAAAUUGCCUCAUCGAUUGAUCGAGAAGAAAAGGAGGGACCGAAUAAACGAGUGCAUCGCGCAGUUGAAGGAUUUGCUGCCCGAACACCUUAAACUCACUACUCUGGGACACUUGGAGAAGGCUGUUGUGCUGGAGCUCACGCUCAAGCAUGUGAAAGCUCUUAACAACCUGCUGGAGCAGCAGCAACAGAAGAUCAUUUCCUUGCAGAACGGAAUGCAAAUCGGUGAACAAGGCAAUGGGCACUCAGAAAACAGUGAGGAGAUGUUCCGUUCCGGGUUUCACUUGUGCGCCAAGGAGGUUCUUCAGUUCCUGGCCAACCAGGAGACCGUGCGAGACCUGACGCCUGCUCUCAUAAUCGACCACCUUCAAAAAGUGGCGUCUGAGCUCAUUCAGAGUCCGCCGAGUCCUCGUCUGGACGAGCCCGCUCCCAAACCUCAAGAAAGCCGGGAGAAACCGGCAGGCCUGCAGCCGAAAGCAGCAGAGGGCCACGCUAAAAACUGCGUGCCCGUCAUUCAAAGGACUUAUCCCCACAGCAGCGAGCAGAGCGGGAGCGAUACGGAUACCGACAGCGGCUACGGAGGCGAGCUCGAGAAGCGCGACCCGAAAGCCCAGCGGCCGGUCUACUACGGCAAAGACACUGGGGAUCUCAAGUACGGCGGCAGCAUUAAAGAGGAGCUAGAUGAGCCGCAGGCCAAACGGCAGAGGUCCGACUCUUCAGAAGACGAGUCUCUGUCGGGGCAUGAAAUAGUGGGCGGCCACAGCCCCUACAUGAGCUUUUCUCCACACCAGCCCCUGUGCAUGCCCUUCUACCUCUUUCCGCCUGGCGCGGCCGCCGCGUACUUGCCCAUGCUGGAGAAGUGUUGGUACCCGGGGGCUAUGCCGGUAUUGUACCCAGGCCUGAGCGGCUCCCCGGCGGGCUUGUCUCCUGAAAAACUCCCCUCGUCCAUGGCCAUGUCGUCAAGAGUGGGCUCCCCCGCCACCACUCCGACCUCCAUGGACUCUCCUGCGCUCCUGCAGGCCCUGAAACAAGUCCCCCCAUUAAACCUGGAAACCAAAGACUGAGGACUCUCUCUGUGGGGUCUGCCAACAGCCCGCUCUCUGAAUGUUUUGGUCUCGAGAGUGGACUUCCCUGCUGAAUAAGCUCCCGAAGAGGGUUCUGUUGAAGAGGGCGCAAAGACAAAGUUCAAAGCGCCCUCACGCACGGCAAACAGCUGUUCUGAUUCCUCUCAGAAGUACGACAGCCUCCACACACUCGCACACACUCUUAUCAGCUCCCUCCACAACCAGCAGACACAUACUCAGACAUGGAACGGUCCACGUGGACACAGACGGGUAAAGGAGGUCCCGUGCAAAGCACUGUGAGACACUGUGAAGGUCAAAACGAGGACAGUGAGCACUGUCCUUCGAGAAAAAGGACCUGGGGCGGGCGAACGACUGCUCUCUGCACUUAUGCCGAAUGUUUCAGUCGAAAACAAUACAAAACAAUAACCCAGAAUGUGACGUGCAGACGGUCUCCCAAUGAUAAGGACUUUGCCCUUUGCACAAGCACCUUUUCAUUUGUUGAAUGUAAACAAAAAGUCAUUUUUUUUUUUUUU